AGCUGGAUCAAAUGCGCACGCGAAGGGGGAGCGAGAGGUGAUCGGUCGGAGCCGGGGCGAUGGGCAAGAAGAGAAAGAAGAGUUCCUCCUCGUCAGAGUCGGAGUCCGAGUCGGAGAAGAAGCCGGCGAAGAAGGAGCCGCCAAAGAAGGGGCCUGCCGCCAAGGCGGCGAGCGGCCCGCGCUUCAACGCCUUUGCGGACUCGGACGACGAGGCGGAAGGAGCCAAGGACGGCAUCACGUCCAAGGCUGGGCUCAGCGCAGCGACCGCCGCCGACGCCUUCACCAAGAAGCAGUGGGAGGUGGUCCAGCGCCUCAAGAUCAACUACCAAGACCAGAUUGACAGGAAGCACAGCAAAGAGGAGAAGCUGAGGAAGAAGCUGGAAAAGAAGCACAGGGAAAAGGAGCUGAAGCGCGCCAAGGAGAUGGCGGAGGAGGAGGAGGCCGCCGCCGAGGCCGCCGCCUCGGAGAAGGCCAUGGCGCUGGAGCAGCAGUCAAAGGAGCAGAAGGAGAAGCAACGCCUAGACCAAGAGAAGGCCUCCAUGCAGCGAAAGCUGGGGCCUAAGGGGCCCCAAGUGAAGUCCAACAAGGCGGUGGGGCAGGUGCUCUAUAGCUCCGACCUGCAGAUCGGCGAGUGCCACGGCGGCGGCGCCGGAGCCAGCGUGUGAUGCGAAGAGCGGCUGGAGAAGCUUAAAGCGGCUGGUGAAACGGAAGGGAUGGAGAAGCUUUACGAAAAAGGGCCGGCCUGAACCGGAGAUUUCUCCAUGAACUGGGUAGAAAGGCCACCCUGAACAGGAGAUUUCUCCAACUCGGCAUGGUAUUCAAUUGCCAGCAGCAAAGCAGGUUGCAGAGUCGAGGCCCUCUCUCAAACUGAUGGGAGUGCCAUAGCCGGCAAAGACCAGUGGAGCUCA